CCGCGAGCUUCGAAAGGGCGGGAAAGGCGGUUGGAGAGGGAGGGGCGAGCGGUUACUCACUCCAUGGCUGUGGAACAGAGAGGCGGCGGCGGCCUCCGCUGAAGAAAGAAGGCGGUAGCGAAGAGCGCAAGCGCGGUUGCAGACACCGAGGGAUUUGCUCUGGGAGUCAGAGUAGCCGCUGCCGCCGGAAUCUGGAACCAUGAGCGGGUUUAAUUUUGGAGGCACUGGGGCCCCCACAGGCGGGUUCACGUUUGGCACCGCGAAGACGGCAACAACCACGCCUGCUACCGGCUUCUCUUUCUCUACAUCUGGCACUGGCGGGUUUAACUUUGGGACUCCCUCCCAGCCCGCCACAAGCACCCCUUCUACUGGCCUGUUCUCGCUCACCACCCAAGCUCCGGCGACACAGACCCCAGGGUUCAGUUUUGGAACCACAACUCCUGCUACGGGAGGAACGGGAUUCUCCUUAGGGAUCAGCGCUCCGAAGCUAAACCUGAGCAAUGCAGCCGCCACCCCGGCCACUGCUCACCCUGGCGGCUUUGGGCUCGGCGGCAGCACCCUCACCAACGCCGUAUCGAGCGCUGUCACCUCCAGCCAGAGCACGGCACCCGCUGGCUUUGUGUUCGGCUCCACCACCACCUCUGCCGCUCCGUCCACCACACCGGGGGGAUUCUCGUUCGCAGGCGGAAGCGCGUCCCAGAGCGGGACCUCCGGUUUCAGUAUUGGCUCCAUGGGGAGUUUGGCCCAGCCCACGGCACUGGGCGGACUGCCCUUCACUCCCGCCACUCCGGCAACCACUGGAGCAGGAGCCACUCAGCCAGCUGCUCCUGCACCCGCCGCGGCCACCACCAGUGCCGGGCCCACGCUGUUCGCCUCGCUAGCGACCGCUCCAGCCUCCUCCACCACCACCGGGCUUUCCCUUUGUACCCCGUCGACCACAGCUGCGGCACCCGGGACCGGAACGCUGGGCUUCAGCUUAAAGGCCCCCGGGGCGGCUUCUGCCUCCUCCACGACAACAUCCACUGCCACUGCCACCACUGCCACAGCCACCACCACGGCGGCCACCACCACCGCCGGCUUUGCCUUGAAUCUGAAGCCACUGGCACCGGCCGGGAUCGCCAGCAACGCACCGGCUGCCGCGACCGUGCCUCCUGGCUCCGGUGCACCCACGGGGGCGUCCGCCAGUCCCGUGAUGACCUACGCCCAGCUGGAGAGUCUGAUCAACAAGUGGAGCCUGGAGCUGGAGGACCAGGAGCGGCACUUUUUGCAGCAGGCCACACAGGUCAACGCCUGGGACCGCACGCUGAUCGAGAACGGGGAGAAGAUCACUACCCUCCACCGCGAGGUGGAGAAAGUGAAGCUGGACCAGAAGAGGCUGGACCAAGAGCUCGACUUCAUCCUGUCUCAGCAGAAGGAGCUGGAAGACCUGCUGAGCCCGCUGGAGGAGUCGGUCAAGGAGCAGAGCGGGACCGUCUACCUGCAGCACGCCGACGAGGAGCGCGAGAAAACCUACAAGCUCGCCGAGAACAUCGACGCGCAGCUGAAGCGCAUGGCCCAAGACCUCAAGGACAUCAUCGAGCACCUGAACACGUCUGGAGGUCCCGCCGACACCAGCGACCCCCUGCAGCAGAUCUGCAAGAUCCUCAACGCGCACAUGGACUCGCUGCAGUGGAUCGACCAGAACUCGGCCCUGCUGCAGAGGAAGGUGGAGGAGGUGACCAAGGUGUGCGAGGGGCGUCGCAAAGAGCAGGAGCGCAGCUUCCGGAUCACGUUCGACUGAGCUGCCGGCCGUCUUCAGGGCCCGUGGGUUCCAAGGGUGGUGGGGGCAGUGGGCGCCGCGUAAUUAUUGUCUGGUUUUUGGUUGCAGUGAGUACUUGUUUGCUCCUUUCUUCCAAACGACUGUGCUGUUGAGAACAGUUCUGUGGUCUGGCAUUUUGCAUUAGUAAAAAGAGAAAUAUUCCAAGCACUCUGGUCCUGACAGCAGCCUAGUGGGUGUGGUUUCUUUUGUGUAUCUUUUGCGUAUCCCAGACCCCAUCACCUACAACAGCCACCCUCCCCAUCCUUCCUGGCUCCAGCCAGGUGCUGGAGAAGUGCUGAUUCGCACAAACACCAUCCGUCUCCCAGCCAGGGUCUGCUAGGCGGCCACUUGUCCAACACAUAGUCGUAGGUGCAAUGAAAAGUCUCCGUCUUCGAGGAGACAGCAUCCUCGUAUGAGGUGUGUGCGUGUGGAAAUUCACCACCAGUGCAAAGAAGGGACUUGUGAAUAGAACCGACCGUGGGAUGUAGAAUUUCAAAGGAGGAAGGACAGGUCAGAUGAGGGACUUAAAUGAGGUGUUGAGAAAAGGGUCAGACUCAAACCGGGAGGUCUUCACUUUGCCUGGCUGACAUGCCUCCUGAUUGUCCAGGUCUCCUUAUCUUAGGCCUCACCUCCUCCGGGAAGCCCUCUCGGCCACCCCAAAAGCUGGGUCAGAUGGCUGUCCUGUGGUCCCUGCACCAUGCUGAGCUCGCACCUUUGAUAACACUCGCCACACGAUCUUAGGCCAACCGGUUACGUCACUGCCUCACCAUAAGAGUGUGAGCCCCUGCGGGCAAGGAGCGUUCCUUAUUCCCUUUUGUGACCUCAGCACCAUCCCUCACAUUUGCGAAUGAAUGAACAACAGAGAUGAAAAAACAGCAUAAAAUGUUCAUCCACAAAAUGGCCUGCUGAAAUGCCCACGGGUGCCAGAGGCGGCCACAGACUUGGUUCUGAACUUGACCAACGCUAAAGCAAACCUAGUUAGUUACAGUGAGAUCCAGUGUCCAGAAGAACAGAAGGCAACCAGUUGUAUCCCAAGUGUCUUUUGUAUUUGUCUUUACACGCUGCACUGUCUGAAAUACCUGUGACUGUAUGUUGCUUUCCUAAAUAAAAUUUAUUGUGGAACAAAAAA